AGUGUCUCUGAACGGGUCACUCUAGCUGGGGCGCUCAACCUCUUGGCAUGAUCUGACCCCUCUUGCCACUGUCCUGCUGAAAGACAGACUUCACAUACUGAGGACGACCGGAUAAGAGACCAGAAAGGAAGCAGACCGGUACUCUCUCUCUCUUUCAUUCUCUCUCUCUCCGUCUGUCUUUCUUUCUCAGCUCUCUACAUCACUCUACCUCCUGCACCCCCUCUGAGCCGCAAGCAUGGAGAUCCCAAUCGGCGUUCGCCCACCCCAGAGCUACACGUGCCUGGGCCAGGAGAAGCACCAGAUGCUGGACCUGAACAGGCGCCUGGAGUCCUACUUGGGCCGGGUCCAGUACUUGGAGAUGGAGAACCACGUCCUGCGGGAGGAGAUCCAGACGCUGAGGAGCAGCCACGAGCCGCGGGCGCAGCAGCGGAGAGCCCUGGAGGCGGCGCUGCAGGAGGCCAGGGAGGAGCUGCAGCGUGCCUGGACGGAGAAGGACAAGCUGGACGUGCAGAUGGGCAACCUGAGCGAGGAGCUGCAGGCGGUGGAGUGCCAGAGGCAGAAGGUGGCGGCCGCACGCGCCGAGGCCCAGGGCCGCCUGGCGGAGAGUCGGAGGGAGCUGGAGGACGAGCACAGGGCGCAGAUCUGGCUCAAGGACGCGGCGGCCCAGCUGGAGAACGAGCUGCACUUCCAGACGCAGGUCCACCGGGAGGACGUCUCGGCAAUGAAGGCCUCGCUGGCUCAGGCCAGGCCUUUGCAGCUGGCUCCAGCGCACGCCCACACCCACACCCACGCACCGAGCGCGUGCGACCUGGGCCUGGAGUACUCGCAGCAGGCGGCCCAGGCGUGGAGAGUGGCGUCGGAGGCGUACGAGAGGCAGGCACAGCGGCUGGAGGAGUCCCUGGGCCAGGCCAAGGCCCGUCUGAGCCACAUCUCGCAAGAGAGGAGGGAGAACCAGAUGAAGCUCCAGAGCCUGACCAAGGACCUGGAGGCGGCCCGCGCCAAGAAAGACAUGCUGGAGAGGAGAGUGACCCAUCAGAGGGACAGACAGAGCCAGGACAUCACUCAGCUCCAGGUCCAUGUGGAAGCGCUGGAGGAGGAGAAGACAAGCCUCGCGGUGCAGAUUGAGGACCUCAUCAUGGAGAGCCGGACCCUGCUGCAGCUGAAAAUGUCUUUGGGGCUGGAGGUUGCCACUUACAGAACUUUAUUAGAUGGUGAAAACCAACGAGUCAAUGACCCUUCCAGAAACAAACACGCCAUCCGGACAGUCUUCUCCACAGAUGGAUUCCCAAGUCGUCAGGAGCUGAAGCAGAUCCUUCCAAAAACAGCUUUCUCCAGCAACACAAGCAAACCUUCCACCUCAGCCAUGAGAUCAAGCCUGCAACCUAAACCACCGCUGACAUCAAGCACUCCUCUCUCAACCCCAAACUGUAUUCAUUCUGCAGCCCCUGACCAUUCCCCAGCUGCGCAAGAGGAGCAGGAGUCCAGGGCAGAGGACUGGUCCACGCUUAACACAGCCACUGAGGCGCUAAAUGGCAAGGACUCUGUAGAUCACUUCAGGCCUGAGGAGGUUUGUGAGGAGGUGAGGUAUGCUGCAGCUUUCUCUGCUGCCUCCGCCACACCAAACACCCUUGCCAUGGAAGAGUCCUUUGAGAGGUACAUGACUGAGGAGACGACUGGGGUUAAAGAUCAAGAGCUAGCCUCUGACAUCCUUGUUGCAGAUGACAGCAUUAUGUGUGAUGGGAUAAUGGCUGUCCAUGACCAUGGUGUGCUCCAGGAUUUCAGUGCACAGAGAGUGGAUAUGCACAACACAUCACCAGCAACUGAACUGAGCACUGCAUGCGACACAGAAGGUGAGAUGACUGAUGAUUUCUCUGAGUGGAUCCAGUCACAACCUGAGCAGGAACCUCAACGCACAUGGACAGAAAAAGAUCCAAUGACCAAUGUGGAGAGGACCAAGAGGGCGGAUAAACAGCCAGAUGUUUCUGGACUGGACAGAGUAAAUACAGUCACAGAGUUUGGUGAUUUUGAAGACUCAACUGAGCUGAUCAUUGAAGAUUUUGAUUGUGGUGAAGCAAUAAGCAAUGGUUUUGCAGAUUUAGAGGAAAAUAACUGCUUCUUUGACCCAGAAAGAGAGACCGAUACGAGUCAGGCUUUCUCAGUAGAGAACAUGGCUGAUGGAAGUGAACAAAUAAAUGCAUUAGAAUGUAAGGCACAGGAAACAAAGAAAGUAUUUGAAGAGGGCCAAGCUAAUGACUUGUCACAGCAAGAGAAAGAAAUGCAGGAGGAAAAAGUUGAAGAAGAACUGAGGAGUUUUGAGGAUGGGAAAGAUACAAUGUUUACUGACAGCAAAAAAAUGGAAGGAGACAUGGAAGACAAAUGUAGAGAUACAGAACAAUACCAGCCAACAGAAAGAGACUUUGAAGAGGAUGUAGUUUCCAUCCCACAUAACAACUUCAGCAUGGAUUUUGAAGUAGAUCCACUGCCCACACAUCAUGAGCAGGAACAAACCAGCCACAGUGAAGAGCAUCCAGAGCUACAUGAAGAUGGCUGUCAUGAGAGAGAGGAGGUGGAGAAGGAGGACUUUAAUGAGAGAGAGGAGGUUGAGGAGAAAGAGGACUUCAGCGAGAAAGAGGAGGUGGAGGGGAAGGAGGACUUCAGUGAGAGAGAGGAGAAAGAUGGUGAGGAACUAGACGACUCCCCAAACGUGUCCAUGUCAUGGAAGACAGACCCAGGGGAUUUUGACAGUUACGCUCUGGACAACACGCUCACCGACACUCGACCCCUCAUCCGGUACAAAAGCGAUGACACUGACGUAAACACCCAGGCCUCCCACAUGGGCGUGAGCGACUCCAGCGACAGCGAAGAUGAUCGCCAUGCAGGGGCUGAAUACCGGGCUGUCACCAAGUGCAAAAGGUUUGACACCAUGGAGGACUUGUCUGAGGAGCCAGAGGUAGAGGCCAUGGGUGAGGUGGGGAUAAAUGAACCCCCUCCUGUGAUUGAUGUUCUGUCAGAAAACCACUACAUGGCUCUCCAAGAAGAGUAUGGUAAUGCUAACUAUGAGAGCAUGAUUGUUGACCAAAUGAGGAAGAUGGAUGAGAAGAAGACUGAAAUUGGAGAGGAUCAUUCAAGGAGUGAUGCCAUGGAGGCAGAUAAAGAAUUACAAAACGUUGAGGACACAGGGAAGGACGAGGAGAGACAGGAGGAUAUAGAAUUGAUGCACAAGGAACAGGCUGAGAACACUCAAACACACAUUUUACCUGAGGACUUCCCAGAAGACACUAUGGAGAGAUUGGUUGACAUGCAGCCCCAAACUAAACAGUAUUUUAAGGUAGAAGAUGUCAUUGAGACUUUUAGUCAGGGAGAGACAACUGAUGACCUGCCAAAACCUGAAGACCUGAAAACACAGUCCUCUACCUUUGUUGAGCCACUUGCACUAACAGAAAACACAUUUUGUACAUCACAUGAGGCAGCAGAAUCUGAAACCGAACCCUUAGAGGGCAGUUUUACAGAAGAGAACACAGAGAGUCUGGUUGACAUGCCCCCUCAAACUAAACCGUUUUCAAAGAAAGAAGUUGUAACUGAGACUAGUCAGGGAGAGACAACUGAUGACCUGCCAAAACCUGAAGUCCUGACAACACAGUCUUCUUAUGUUGAGCCACUUGCACUAACUCAAAACAUCUUAGGUACAUUACAUGAAGCAGCAGCAUUUUCAAAAAAACCCUCAGAGGGCAGUUUUACAGAAGAGACUAUGGAGAGUCUGGUUGACAUGCCCCCUCAAACUGAACAGUUCUUAAAGAAAGAAGUUGUAACUGAGACUGUUAGUCAGGGAGAUACAAUUGACGACCUGCCAACACAUUCUUCUCCUUAUUUUGAGCCACUUGAACUAACUCAAAACAUCUUAGGUGCAUUACAUGAUGCAGGAGAAUUUGAAACCAAACCUUCAGAGGGCAGAUUUACAGAGAAAGGAACCAUUUACAAUAGCAUGGACAAAACAGAUGAGGAGGAUUGGCAGGAACUCUCCAUGCUGACUCACGCAGAUGCCACCAGCAAUCUCUCCCUGAGCAGUGAGCCUGCCAGCAGGCUGGGAAGCCAGCCUCAAGCUGCCCACUCCAGUGAUGUUGAUGAUGAAGAAAAAGAAGAUGAAUCCCACUCCUCAGAGGAAGAGUCGCCUAAUGCCAGCCAAUGCCCAUCUCCUGGCGCCUUUGCCAAGCCACUCAAGAUGCAUCCGACACUUGAAGAAGCCUCUGAAAAUCUCUCUGGAGCCCCAUUUGAAGCAUUUGGUGAUGAUACACUUGGAGUCCCUGAGUGUUUCACAGAGCAAGGCUAUCCCCAUGAGGAUGAGUGGGAGGUUUUGAACACUUCCUCCAAAAGCCAAGGCGCAGACAACCCAAAAGAAUUUGAAUCCUUCAAUCCUUUGGAAGAAAACAACUCCCCAUUCACAGAGGCCUAUGCCAAGCAAACGGCUGAGUGUGUCGACAUAUUUCAAGAUGGCAAAGUAGACGAGCCACCUAAAAGCAACGGGAAAGACAACCUCCACAGUUUCUUCAGCACCAACAUGGAGGAAGACUUCUGGGGCUCCACUCCACAGAUGGCGGCCACCUUCAACCCAGAGGAGGCUAACCAGGAACAACAUCACAGCGUCACCUUUCAAACCAGUCAGCACCUGAGGUUCGAGGAGGCCUGGGGAUCUCCCAAAGACCAUCGAGAUGUCGACGGGAGUGCUGAGAAGUCCACCCUCUUGUCUUCAAUGCCAUUAUUCGGGAUGGAGGAAGGACAUUCCCAGAUAAAGACCAUGCUUGGAAGAGGGGGAGAGCAGGUUGCAGCCACCCAGUCAGAUGACUCAGUUGAUGAAGGCGACUCGUGGUCUUCUGGGGAGGAGUAGAAUGAUGGGACACCAAUAAUUUAAUUGAGACUAAUUAUGUUAAAUAUGAUAAUUAAAAGAUACCACUAAGCAAAAACACAUGAAUGCUAUUUUGUGUUUGAUGUUCUGAUAUGAAUUAAAAGGGGGAUGUUAAAAACUUCAAUAGUACCUGGAGGAAGACCAAAGCCACCAGGCAGUGUAAUCUUGUCUCAGAGUUUUUAACACACUAUGAACCUUUCUACAGCUCUGUUCGAAACGGAAGGCAGAGGCUCGCUGCCUAAAUAGAGAGCUGUCUCACUAGACAUGACUUUGGAUUGAAUGCAUCUUUUAUGAAUAAGUGUAGCACUCUAGAAUCUUUGGUUAACACUUCGGUAUGACGUUAGCAAAAGCCUGAACGUUAAACUAAACUAGCUUGCAGAAGCUAGUAGGCUAACGGUAGAAAGUACUUUGACAGGCGGCACAUAUAUCGGACCAGACGCUAUUAAUGGUUACAACAAUGGUAUAAUUAGAUUAUAUAAGUAAAUCAAGUAUUUCAUAACGUAAAUACAAAACAAGGUUGUCAUCCCUUUCUGCCCAUAAUAGAACUGAAACUUUAACAUUGAAAUGAAGCGCUUUCAGAUAUAACCUCCGGAGUAGGCUACAUGUGGAGGUUUGUCAAACGGAGGUCCUACCCUUCGGAUGAUUCAGAUAUGA